GUCACCCGCGGCAGCUGUUGACUGCACACAGUGCCACACCCGCGCUGGCCCUGCCACCGGAGCCAGCCGGUGUCGCCCCGCUGUCCCCGCGGUGUCCCCGGGGGUGGGGACGCCGCCGUUGGCCGCGCGCGGUGCCACACCCGCGGUGGCCCUGUCCGGUUGUCGCCGGCGCCCGGGGCCAUUUAACGGCGGUGGCAGCGCGGCGGGGAGGGGACAGCAUGGAGGGGACACGGGGGACGCGGCUGGAGGAGCGCGAGAGCCUGGUGGGGGCCGUGCAUGGCGUGUCCGGGCCCGUGGUGACAGCCACGCGCAUGGCGGGGGCGGCCAUGUACGAGCUGGUGCGGGUGGGACACGCGGAGCUCGUGGGGGAGAUCAUCCGGCUCGAGGGGGACAUGGCCACGCUCCAGGUGUACGAGGAGACCUGUAUCCUGUCCCCGCUGUCCCCUCCCCGCCACCGCGCUGUCCCUCCGGCCGCCCCGCCCUGUCCCCGCCGUCCUUCGCUGUCCCCUCCCUUCUUCCCCUGAGCCUGUGUCCUGUCCCAGCCUGCUCUG